AUUCAAUAGAGGACUUAUUUACACUUCUCUUAUUUUGAUCAGCGACUAAUUUAAAUUUUUAGGGGCCUAGAUGCACCAUUUGAUUUUUGAAUCUCUUGCUUCCCUGAUAUCCAUAGGACUUUUUGACCAUACACAUGAACAAAUCCUCUAGAUUUCAUUUUUUAAAUCUUUUUGGGUGGGGAUAGGGGGUAGGGUUGGGUUACUGCUGAAAGAUAUGGUGGUCUUUGUUGUGGUAUUUUCUGCGCUGUCAAGUCCUUUGGCUUUUGGGCUAAUAUUUAUUGAAACCUUUUGUCUGCGAAAAAAGAAAAGUGCAGAUUGUUUAAACCAUGGUUUAACAUAUGGUUAUCUUUUCAACUCCUUCACUUUACUGCUAUAUUUCAGGACGCCUCACUUUAAAGUCUUUGGACGUCCAUUGUCUCCAGCAUUUAAAGCUGAAAUGCUUGGGCCCUCAGGAAAUUUUGUGUUGAAGGCUUUGAGUUAUACACAACCAUGGACUGUAGCUCAGGAAACCAGGAAGAAGCAGAGAUAUUUGGCAUAGAAGAUUAAUAGACAUUCAACUGAUUAUGACUAUAAUGUGGGGUAAUGUAGUUGACCUUGUGAACUAUGAAUGGGAGGAUGAAGACGGUGAUGAGGAAUCAGAUGAACAGCUUUUGUUAAUCCUUAUAAACAAAACUUGCCUUGAAGAGCUUCUGUAAUCAUAUCUUGCAAAAUAGACUUGCCUUAAUAUCUUGUGUGGUACUGUUAUAUAAAAUAAUCUUGCCUUAUUAUCUUUCUCAUCUGGUAUUCUGGAGAUAAAUGUUCUGGUCUGGC